UAUUCAGUUCGGAAAAGCCAUACUUGUGUAUAUUCCUUACAUCAUUUUCUCCAGCCAUGGCCAGCAGAAACGAAAAAUCACCCGGCGACAGAAGGUACGGUCGUUAUUACAAGUACGAAUCUAUUCGCUUUGAGUGGAGAAAGUUCUUCGAAGAGAACCACCCCCGACAAAGGUACAUGGCAGAAGAUUUCUUCAAGAACUUCUUUCGCAAUCACCGUGGUUUUCAGUUCGUAAUAGCCGAAAUUUUUGACGGGACAACUCAUCCUCUUGUGUCCGCGGAGAAAUUUGCUGACUUGAAAAAUGAACUGGAGAGGAAAACCGGUCAGAGUUUGCCAGAAGUGUCUAACACCUCCGACGUAAAGGUAAAGGAGGAACGACGAUCCUUUUCUGAUUUGCACACCUACAUCAAUUUUUCCAAGUCCCUCAAAGCAGCGAAUGACCAAAUUAAAGUCAGGAGAAGGAAAGAUGCAGAGGAAAGUGUCAGGGAACUCCGUACUUUUCUGCAAAGGAAACCUAAUGCUCGGGCAAUGGCGAUUGACAUCGAAACAUAUGAAAACGACCACAGCAAAAUUCUCGAAAUUGGCUCCUUCACCACUUCCCUAGCCAGUCCUGAGGGGAAUGAGCAAGCUCAUCAUGUUAUCAUUACAGAGAACCUCCAUAUGGUGAACAAGGAUUACGUUUCUGACAACCGAGACAAGUUCAGAUUUGGCACCUCACAGCACAUGUCCCUUGCAGAGGCCGCUGGAAAGUUCUCACAGUAUAUCAGUGAUGCAGAUAUACUGGUGACUCACUCGGGCGGAGGUGAUGAGUUUUACCUUGCCAAAAACGGCAUGUCUUUGGAAGGGAAACCAAUGUUCGACACGCAGCUGCUUGGUUUGGCACUGCUGACCGACGAGAAAAACUUGAGCGUGUUUGGUCUGAAGCGGCUGAUGGGGGACCUGGGUAUCUCGUAUGACGAGGAUAUUCUCCAUAACGCUGGGAACGACUCCUACUACACCAUGAAGGUGUUCCUGGCCUUGAAGAAGAAACUGUGAUGAGGAUUCCAGGAGCGAAGUGAGUCUCAGACCGUUGGUAGUUUUAAAUUGAUCAAGAAAAAACGGCAAAGAAUCAAAAUGAAUUUUCAAAUUAUAUAUGUUGCAUCAUAAUACAGCUUGACAGAAGCAUUUAACCUUAAGCUACGAUAGAUCAGAAAAUUACCUUCACUAAUUUUUUCUUCAAUAUGAUUUAAAUGGCACUUUCAAUUGAUCAAGAAAAAACAGCAAAGAAAAAAAUGAAUUUUCAAAUUAUAUAUGUGGCAUGAUAAUGCAGCAUAACUGAAAUAUUUGACCUUAAGUUACGAUCGAUCAGAAAAUUAUCUUCACUAAUUUUCUUUUUUCUUCGAUUAUUUCAAUUAAUGACAGUAGUGUAAUAGUCUGAUCGGUCUUUGUUAUUUGAUAAACAAUGCGACCACCAUUGAAACAGGAAAAAGAAGUUACCCAAGGGAGGUGGUCUUUUAGAAGAAAGUUAUUUAAAAGAAGAUCCAUCAAUUACUGCUACAGUUAUCUCUUCAUUUAAGGCACAAGGGGUCAGAAAAGGAGCAGCUGACCGUUAAUUUUGCGUUUUGAAGACACUUAUGAUUAAAAGAACACUUGAAAUACAUGAUUCUUAUCAUGUGUCACUUUAUUCAUCAUAAUAUAGCUGACAAUGACUCUGCAUUUGACAUCAAUUGAUAAGCUGAUUAUAUCUUGUUUACCGCUUUACUUCAAGCAUGUGUUGGGAAAGAAAUUGAUCACAUAAUUAUAAUUAAUAAAACUGAGCAUUUUA